AAGUAAUGUUUAUGAUAGGCGAUAAGCACGAUAGGCACGCUAGAUAUUCUGAACAUAGCACGAAUAUGUGUCGAAAAAAAUCUCCAUGAGAUGUAGUGGAUUUUCAGGAAAACUGAAGUGCAGUUAACUCUUUGUGAGGCCGCCCCAAAUGGUGCGAAAAUAUGCCGAAGACGUACGAUGUUCGCGUGACAACUCUCGAUGCAGAGUUAGAGUUUUCUGUCGAGAGGAACUGCACUGGAAAGGAUCUGUUUGAUCUGGUUGUGCGAACAUUAGGCGUGCGAGAAACUUGGUAUUUCGGUUUGCAGUUUGUAGACAAGAAAGACAUCGUUACAUGGUUAAAAUUCAACAAGAAGGUUUUAGAUCAAGACAUUCCAGUGGUGAAGGAUGAACCAGUCAGCCUUAAUUUUCGCAUUAAGUUCUUCCCUGAGGAUGUGGCAGAAGAGCUGAUGCAAGAAAUCACUCAGCACUUGUUUUUCUUACAAGUGAAAGAGGCCAUUCUAAAUAUGGAUAUUUUCUGUCCCCCAGAGGCUUCUGUUCUGCUGGCUUCAUAUGCUGUGCAGGCUAAGUAUGGGGAUUAUGACAAAGAAUUCCACACACCAGGAUUUCUGGCAAAAGAUUUGCUGCUACCACAGAGGGUUAUUGACCAAUAUCAGAUGACCUCAGACAUGUGGGAAGAGAGAAUCACCUCAUGGUAUGCUGAACACAAAGGAAUGAGAAGAGACGAAGCUGAGAUGGAAUACCUAAAGAUUGCACAAGAUCUUGAGAUGUAUGGUGUAAGCUAUUUUGAAAUCAAGAACAGAAAAGGAACUGAACUGUGGCUUGGUAUUGAUGCACACUGCCUCAACAUUUACGAAAAAGAAAAUAAGCUCAACCCUAAAAUUUCCUUCCCAUGGAAUGAGACAAAGAAUAUCUCCUUUCAUGACAAAAGGUUUCAGAUCAAACCAGCUGAUAAGUCUUCACCAGAUUUCAUUUUUCACGCAGCAAAACUAAGAGUUAACAGAGUGAUUCUUGACUUGUGUGUGGGUAACCAUGAACUUUUCACGCGAAGGAGAAAGCCUGAUACGAUGGAGAUACAACAGAUGAGGUCACUGGCCAAAGAAGAGAAAAUGAGAAGACAGAUAGAGAGAGACAAGCUCAUGAAAGAGCAGCAAGCACGUGAAGAAAUGGCGCAACAAAAGGAAGAAUUGGAGAAAAGAUUGACUGAAUUUCAAGACGAAGCAAAUCGAUCUAAAGAAGCUUUGAUUAAGUCUGAGGAAAUGGGGGAAUUGUUAGCAGAGAAAGCCAGAGUCGCGGAGGAAGAAGCGGCGCUGCUCGGGAAGAAAGCUUCUGACGCUGAAGAAGAAAUAAAAAGACUCAGAUUAUGCGUUAGUAAGUCAGGAGACGAGCGAAUCGCGAUUGAAAGAAGAGCUCGUGAAGUCGCUGAAGAAAGACUGAGACGAGUCAUGCAAGAGGCCGAAGCCAGAGCGAGGGAAGCUUUGAUGCUGAGAGAAGAUUUAAUGAAGUCCAGACAAGCUGAGAGGCUAGCUAAACAAAAGCUGAUGGAAAUGACUUCGUCUCCUGAUUUUUUCUCUAGGUACGGGGAUCCAAGGGAAAUAAUAGCCGACAUUGACCGCAGUGUUGAGCAGUUAACAGAUGGCGAGGUUUCUCAGCUUUCACGAGAUUACGAGAGAGAGAGAAACAGAAAUAUACAGCAGCAGUUAAGAGAUCUCAAAUCACAAAUGGAGGGACUUAAGAUCGAUGACAGACAAACACGCUGGGAUUAUAUUCAUGAUGAAAACAUGAGACGCGGGGAAGAUAAAUAUUCUACCUUACAAAAGAUUCAAACAGGAACUUCUACAGCAAGGAUUCAAUUUUUUGAAGAGUUAUGAUAGAGUAUCUUUGAAGAAAAAAGACUUUUUCCCAGUAUUUAAUUCAUUAUGCGUUACUGAGAUAUUUAAUACAGAUUGUACAAGUUCAUUCAUCGUUCUCCACGGUGAGCGAGGCUCCUAACAGAAGUCGUUAUGAACAAAGGAUAUUUUUUUAUUUUAGUAAAACUAGCGCUUUUUGUUGGUAAUUUUAUGAAUGGUUCCCUGCAAGAUGAAAUCUGUUUAAAAUCUGUAACACCAUGCAAUCUGAUUUACAGUGUCACCAACGUUUGCAUUAGGUUAUAAAUUUUGUGUAAAUUUGCUUAGCUCUUUCAAAGAAAAUUCAAAUGGAGAUAGCCCUGCAGGCAAUGGCAACCAAUUAAUCAUAUUUUGGGAAAAAGAGCUCAAAUUUUGUUGGGCUGUAUGCAAUAGAGAUAGAUACGUAUGGGUUUUUAAUGGGCGGGGGGGGGGGGAUAGCUGCCUAGAUUCUAAGCCCGCCUUAGUACGUUAUAUAUGUUGUAUCUACUGACUGCUUAGAGCAUUGGUUUGUAAUACUUACAUUAACUUAGAAAGACGUUAAAAACGGCAUAUCUUGAGUAUAUUUCAAGAAAGUGCAAUAGCCAUUCAAGUAAUAGUUUGGAUAUUGAUUUAUUUAUUUGAAAUGGUAUACGUAAAAGGCACGACAACUUGCCUGUCACAGAUAGUAAUCCCGUUAGUGGGUUUCUUUACUCUUCUCAAGUAAACCUAGUAAAAUUACACGUUCAAUGUAUUUCAGUCGUAGAUUAGGUUUUAGCUACUCAGGUUACUUUCCAAGUAGGAUCGCCUGUCCCCAUUAGUGUGUCAAUCGAGAUUCGAAAAAAUAAGAUCGAAGACUAUGGACGGCUGCGUUAUAUUUCCCAAUCAGUUUUCGGCAUGGCAUGUGUAUCCCUUUGUAAUUUCACUUUUCGCUGGAUAACGGACAACUAAGUUACAAUUAGUCUCUCCUUGUAGCAUCAAUGGAUUUAGGGUGAAUCGGAUUGACAUCAUCCCAACGCUUUAGGUAUAUGAAUCUAUGUGAAAUAGAUUUAACUGAAUAUUUAUAGUAGUAUUAAUAGCACAUUAGGGUCGGUAAAAAGCUAUCUUUAUUUCAAAAGGCGAGUGAACUUACUGGCCGGGGGAGGAGAGUAAGAAAGGGUCUCGUCCCAGAUUUCCAUGAUACGACGUGAUAGCUUUCUCCGCAUUCACCAACAACAUCCUGAAAUAAAACAAAUGAAAACA